AUGGCGGAGCCGCCGAGCGCUGUUCAUGGCGCGGCGUCGCCCGAGCAGGAGCCGUUCGGUGCUAGGCCGGCCCCGGAUGCGAAGGUUUCCCGUGGGUCCCAGCCAGCCGCCAAGAAGAUGAAGGGAGUCGAUGAGAGGAGCUUGAAGGGCACUAAGCGCGUCAACGGUGAAGGGGGCGGUGGUGGCGGCAACGGCGGGAGCGGCAAGCAGUCGCUGCCCCUGCCAGCGGUCGUUCCCAGCUACAGCAACCCCGCGGCGUGGGGCUUCCCCGCGCUCCCUUCUGGCCCCUCCGGGGGUGCGGGGGGCUUCGCUUUCCCUUCUCAACUGCCCCGGAAGCUGCUGUCGCCCGCCGUUUUGCUGCCGUCGUCCGCCUCCCCCUCCUCUUCCUACCAGCAGCACCAGCACCGCCACCACCGGCACCGCCUGGCUCUGGCCGUCGAGGCGGGAGGCUGCGGUAGCGGGGGGGCGGCCGGCGCUGGCGGCGGGAGCGCCAAGCCGAAGAGGCCCAAGGAAAAGCGGGACAAGGAGAGGAGGAAGCACGGGGCCCUGCCCGUGGUCGCGGCGGUGGGAGAUGGUGGCGGCGGCCUGAGUGCGGCAGGCCGGGAGGAGAACGGAGAGGUGAAGCUGCUGUUGCCGAAAGCGCAAAUCAAAGACAAAAUUAAAGAAAGGGAAAAGAAGCAAAAAGAGAAGAAGAAGCACAAAAUAAUGAAUGAAAUCAAGAAAGAAAAUGGAGAGGUCAAAUUAUUGCAGAAAGGUGGGAAGGAGAAGCCAAAAACCAAUGCAGAAGAGCUACAGAUUAAAAAAGUUAAGAAGAAAAAGAAAAAGAAACAUAAAGAGAACGAGAAGAAGAAGCGUCCAAAAAUGUACAGCAAAUCCAUUCAGACCAUCUGCUCAGGAUUGGUUUCUGAUAUUGAGGAUCAGGAAGCCAAAGGCAUCAUAGAUGAUCAUCUUAAGGAUUUCAAUGGGAAAAAUAUGGAUCCCAAGAAGGACUGUGAGUCCAAGAUACCAGAGAACAGUGAGUUUCCAUUUGUCUCGUUAAAGGAGCCACGGGUUCAAAAUAAACUCAAAAGGUUGGACACAUUGGAGUUCAAACAGCUGAUUCAUAUUGAGCACCAGCCUAACGGAGGUGCAUCAGUUAUCCAUGCCUACAGUAAUGAACUCUCCCACUUAUCUCCUGUGGAGAUGGAGAGAUUUGCAGAAGAGUUUGUGGGUCUGGUUUUUAGUGAAAAUGAAAACUGUGCAGCUUACUAUGUAAUGGGUAUUGUUCAUGGGGCAGCUACUUAUUUACCUGACUUUUUAGACUACUUUUCGUUUAAUUUUCCCAAUUCACCAGUGAAAAUGGAGAUUUUGGGAAAGAAAGAUAUAGAGACAACGACUAUGUCAAAUUUUCAUGCUCAGGUAAAAAGAACAUACUCUCAUGGUACGUAUAGAGCUGGCCCAAUGAGACAGAUCAGCCUGGUUGGAGCAGUUGAUGAGGAAGUGGGGGAUUACUUCCCUGAAUUCCUUGAUAUGUUGGAAGAAUCACCCUUCUUAAAAUGUACACUGCCAUGGGGAACACUUUCUAGUUUAAAAUUAGAGAGUCGUAAAGACAGUGAUGAUGGUCCCAUUAUGUGGGUACGUCCAGGAGAACAGAUGAUCCCUGUGGCUGACAUGCCAAAGUCACCUUUCAAAAGGAAGAGAACUACCAAUGAAAUAAAAAACUUGCAGUACCUACCUCGAACCAGUGAACCCCGUGAAAUGCUAUUUGAAGACCGGACACGAGCCCAUGCAGAUCACAUAGGACAAGGUUUUGAACGGCAGACUACAGCUGCUGUGGGAGUAUUGAAGGCUGUGCACUGUGGAGAGUGGUCUGAGCAGCCUCGUAUAACCAAAGAUGUAAUUUGUUUUCAUGCUGAAGACUUCUUAGAGGUAGUUCAGCGAAUGCAGUUAGAUUUGCAUGAGCCUCCACUCUCACAGUGUGUCCAGUGGGUUGAUGAUGCAAAACUUAAUCAACUGCGAAGGGAAGGCAUUCGAUAUGCCAGAAUUCAGUUAUUUGAUAACGACAUUUAUUUUAUACCACGGAAUGUUGUGCACCAGUUCAAAACAGUUUCAGCUGUGUGCAGUUUGGCUUGGCAUAUCCGGCUUAAGCUAUAUCAUUCAGAGGAAGAACUUUCUCAAAAUACAAGUACUGUUGAAGCAGGGACCUCUGCAGACCCCAAGUCUUCGGUUAUUGGACUUCAGACUGACAGCAGAAUUUGUACGAUAAGCAAAAAUACCUCCGAAGACACCAAAUUUUCAGAUACUCUGCAGACGAAGUAUCUGCAGCAGGAAUUUAUGCCAGUAAAACAUGAACCUAUUGCAUCUCACCGAAUGAAAGAAGAACCCAUGAAUGUUGAUCUUGCUGAAAAGACAGUGGCACCUAAUGACGUCGGGGGCCAGAAUGUCCAGACUAGAUUGGAUCACGUUGAAUUGACGGCAUUUAAGUUGGAAAUGGAUUCUAAAUUCGAACCUGGCAACAAAGACUUACAAGGCAAGUUAUGCCCUGGAGGUCACAUACAUCCAGAUGAUACAAGACAACAUAGUUCAUCAUAUCCAAAACUGCAUGGACAAAGAGAGGAUGAUUUUUUGUGCUAAAUCUGUAUAUAUGGUUUUAAAUUCCUUUUUAAACUUAAUGAUGUAAUAAUGUAAAGACUCAUAAAUUCUGUGAGGCAAGUUUGUGACUUGCCUUCACAUCUGUUACAGAAAAUAGUUAUGUAGCUUUGUAACAUUCCUCAGUGCCUGUCCAUAACUGUGAAGUAUCAAAGCACUUAGGGCCAGAUGCACUGUAAACACUGCAGGUUUAACAUAAAGAAGUCUUUAAAUAAUUUUGAGUUGUAGGUUUUAGAGUAGAGCUGACAUUUAACAUAUAUAUUUUUUGUAAGAUGAGCCAGAAUUCUUUUUGACAAUUCCAGGCUUUUCCAUAGAGCUUAUUUAUACCAAUUUUUCAUUUUAAAUGUGUCAGCACUGUAGUGUAAAUAUCUUUUUUAAGAAUCUUUUUAGUGUGAUUUAUACUGAAAUGUGAGCCGCUUAAUAAAGGUUCAUAAUAACAGAUUGGUUUUAUUUUUGGGUCUGCAAAAAAUAAUUCAGUUAAACUGCCUCUCUAAAUGGUUAUGUUUCUACCUGCACUAAUGCAUAGGAUGCCCUUACGCCAUUGUGGGGUGAGGAGCUGUAGCAAACUGAGGUAGAGCUGAGGCAUUCUUCGUAAAUCGAGAUUAGUCAGAAUGCAGAAUCAGUCCUCCCUUCAGAGGAUUCCUUACAGUUGCUUGCUAAAGGCAUGCCCCAAACUCCUGCUGUCAGAUGUUGAUGUGGAAUGGAGAGGCAAACAUUCCUCUGUUGUGGUGGAGAGCUGGACACUCGGUGAGCUCCAGGGGCACUACCAGUGACUGUGUGCAUCUCUCUAGAUGAGCUGGUGCAAGGGAGCAAACUCCCUUCUGUGCUUGCCUCUUCCCCCUGCUUAAGCCGCUGUUAACGUGAAAUGGAACUGUCUUAAAAAAAAACUAUACCAACCAACAACUCCCCUCAACUUAAAUUAGUUAUCUGACUAAAAUUAAAGCAAAGAAUAUUUAAAUGGUUACUCAUCAAGCUGUAAAGGCCUCAACUUUAGCAGUGACCUGUAAUUCACAGAGACACAUUUGGAUUUGAAUGGCUCCCUAUGCUGAUAGCACCAGGCAAUAAAGAAACUCACCAAUGUGUCUAGCAGGAAGAUUCCUCAUGAGUCCCAGUUUUGGAAGCAAGAGUUGCUUCAUUAAGAAAAUUACAGUGACAUCCAAGUUAACUGUUCUCCUCUCUCCCUACCUAUAGAACGCUUGAAUUCUGUUAAGCCAUGUUCUGGGGGAAGAGGAUUUCAAGGCUAGCUAGCAUCUGAUGUGGUAAUGGCAAAAAAAAUCUGUCAUUUAACUUAUUUAAUUCUUUGUGUAACAUAUUACUGUAUAGUUCAAACACAUCUGAAUGAUAUUUCUUUUUCAGGUAGCUACAGAUAGCAGUAAACUGCCCUACAGCCUGUCCUUCAACUAAGUAUUUAAAAUGUAGGAUCCUAGGCCUGUUGUUAUUUCCAAAGCCCUCUGUACCUCUGAUAUAUUUUUUUUUUUUUUAUUUUUCCCUAUAACUUUCUGGAAGUUGUACAUCCUUAUGUACCCAGUUUAUAACCUUUGAUGCACUUAGUGAUCACUUUGGCUUCAUUUGUAGCAAUAGAACAAUGUGAUUUCCAGGUGAUGUCUAAUUCAACUACCUGAGGUCCUUUUGUUGCAAAAAUUUUUUGCUUAUAGUUUGUUAGAAUUCAAAAUGUUACUGCAUA